CCGAAGGGAAAAGUAAAAAAAUUUAUUGACAAAGACAACUCAGUGACGUUCCACUUGGUCCACCGAUCCCAGCAAGAUCCCCUGAUAACUGACGAGAAUGCUCCGCAGCGUGUUUUGGUUCCAGUUGAUAACGAAAAACACGAUAAGGAUCCGGCGAAAAAUAAUCUUAAGCAGAAGAAAAAAGAAGAGCAGGAAAAGUACGGGAUAUUUUUUGAUGACGACUAUGACUACUUGCAACACUUGAAGGAUGGUAACAAGUUGUCAGUCGAGUGGGAACGAGUGGAUGAGCCGAGCAAUAGCAAUAAAAAGAAAGAUGAUAAAGAACCACCCAAAAUAAACUUACCCUCGUCGGUAUUCGCUUCUUCUGUGGAGGAGAAAGUUGGGCUUUUGAAUAAAGCUGCGCCUGUUUCGGGACCAAGGCUGGACUUUGAUCCUGAUGUGGUAGCUGCUAUGGACGAUGACUUUGACUAUGAUGAUCCUGAUAAUCAGCUGGAGGAUGAUUUUAUGCAGUUUGCUAACGCUGAAGGUGAACUCGAUGAGGAAGAUGAGGGUGAGUAUGAUUCGGAUGCUUCCUCAGGACUCUUUGAUAUUUCAGAAGAAGAGAGAGAUGAAGUUGGCAGCCUAGAUGGUCCUAGAUAUCAGUUUAAAGAAGAAGAAACUAAAUCAAGAUUCACCGAGUAUUCUAUGAGUAGUAGUGUCAUCCGAAGAAAUGAAAAUUUGACGCUUGUUGAUGAAAAAUUUGAAAGGGUGUACGAAGCUUAUGAUGAAGACCAAAUAGGAGCUCUGGAUGACUCUGAAGAAGAACUAGAAUACGUCGAAGUAGACGAACGUAUAAGAAAAAAAUGGGACUGUGAAAGUAUCCUGUCUACUCACAGUACCCUUUACAAUCAUCCUAAAUUGCUGGAAGACCCUAAACUUAAGAGGGAGAGGAAAAUAGAAAUAAACAAGCGUACGGGAAUACCCAAAGGUAUAUUGGGUGAGCAGCCUGGAAAACUGACAGCAAAAAAUUUAGCUCGAUUAAGUCUGGGAAACGAGGACGAGAGAAAUCCGUCUGCUGCUGCAAGAUCGAUCGCCGAGACUCAAAAAAGUUAUUACAGUGAGAUCAGUACGAGGGUGAAAAAUGAAACUUCUGAUCAGAGGAAAGAACGUCAUAGGGAAUUGAAGUUGUAUCGAAAGCUACGCAGAGAAGAGCGCAAAGAAAAUAAACUGGCAUUCAAAGAAGAGAAGAAAUGCCAAGAAAAAAUAUUAUUAAAUAAUAAACGUAAUAAUUUCACAGCUCCAAACAUGAUACACGCGUAA